AUGGUCGGAGGACGGACUAAAGACAAGGACUGUGGAUUUGACCAUCACCGCGGUGAACACAGUAGCGAUGACCUGCGUCCUCCGCAGCACGACUUCAGUAUCCUCUCAUUUGAAGCACAGGUCAUUGGUAUUGGGUGCGGCAAAGAGGUCACGCCUCUUUUGGCGACCCAACUGCAGGCGACAUGUGGAGUGAGAUAUGGCACGGGUCCAGACAGGCGGUAA